UAUACCACGCGCCACCAGCUGAUAUAAAGAACACGUGCCCGCCGCCACAGUGAAGCGAAGCAUGGUGGUUACCAGAAAACGGAGCUGCAGUGCUAGUGAAGCCUCCUCUACCCCGAGAGGCGUCAAGGCAAGGAAGCAGGACGAGGGUGGAGGAGGCGAUGGCACCACAAUCACCACCAGGAGCAGUGCAAGGGGCGAGGUGGAGAGUGGCACUGGAACCUCCACCACCAUCACCACCCCGAGAAGGACCAGAAGGUUUACUGAUUCUAUAGCCGAGGCUGUCAUAUCCAGCCCCAGGACACUCAGAACCAGGCAGGGAAGAAGUGGUGAGGCAAAAGUAUCCGAUAAGAGUGAGAGUAGUAACGAUGAAGUAGCGGAAAAGGUAGAUUCUGCAGUUUCUCAGCCGGGUAAAUCAAGAAGUGGCAGGAAUGAAGUGGAAGCAACACCAGCGAAAGAAAAGAGUGCCGGUGACAAAACAGCAUGUGUGGAUUCUUCAGUACUUUCCCAGCCAAGCAAGUUAAUGGUGAAGUUAAGGGAUAUCGGCCCAAGCAUCCUACAGUCCCCCAGGCCCAGGAGAGUGUCGGGAGGGGAUAAGAACACCCGUGACACCCCAUCAGGCACCCCGUCCACCCCAGUGAGGCGUUCCCGGAGGCUCAGCGGCAGUGGGGUGGAGGAAGUGCCAGACAAGGAAACUCUCUCCAAAAAAUCUUUCACUAUUGCAAGUAUACUCAGAAUGGAAGAGAAACCUAAAGAAGAGACAAGUAAAGCAAGUGUUCUUCCAGCCAUUGAGGAAGACAUUGAACAACCUGAGAGUAAUCACAGUCCAAGUAAAGACACAAGGAAGGCAUAUUCAUCAGAGGAAGAUCAGAUGGAAGAGGAAGAGAAGCUUGAACUGAGGUUAGAAUCUGACAGCCAUGACUCAACAGCUGAUAAUGAUGUGGUGCCUUCAGACACUGCACCCACAAACCAGGAGGCAGAAAAUGAAAAGCAGACCAUAGUCGAUCAACCUGUAGCAGCAGAUGUAUGUGACAGCAAAGAUGUUCCUGUUGAAAAUGUAAAUGAAUGUGACAGCAAAGAUGCUCCAUUUGAAAAAGAAGCACAAGAGAAGACAAGCAGUGAGGCAAUGGAAACAACAGAGAUCACAAGUACUACAGAUGUCACUGAUAUUGAAAGAAGCAACAACACAGCAAUGGAGACAAAAGAGGAGCAAGAUGUUGUACUUAGCUUAGAAGAACCAAAAUGUGAAAGCACAAAAGUUAUGGGGUCUAAUGACAGUCAGGAAAGCAAGACCGAGAGUACUGACCUUCCUGAGUCUAAUGAUAAUGAAAGAAGCAACAACACAGCAAUGGAGACAAAAGAGGAGCAAGAUGUUGUACUUAGCUUAGAAGAACCAAAAUGUGAAAGCACAAAAGUUAUGGGGUCUAAUGACAGUCAGGAAAGCAAGACCGAGAGUACUGACCUUCCUGAGUCUAAUGAUAAUGAAAGAAGCAACAACACAGCAAUGGAGACAGAAGAGGAGCAAGAUGCUAUACGUAGCAUAAAAGAACCAAAAUGUGAAAACACAAAAGUUAGUGGGUCUAAUGACAUUCAGGAGAGCAAGACUGAGAGUACCAACCUUCCUGACUCUAAUGAUAAUGAAAGAAGCAACAACACAGCAAUGGAGACAGAAGAGGAGCAAGAUGCUGUACUUAGCGUAGAAGAACCAAACUGUGAAAGCACAAAAGUUAUAGAGUCUAAUGGCAGUCAGGAAAGCAAGACCGAGAGUACCGACCUUCCUGAGUCAAAUGAUAUUCAAGAAAGGACAGAAACUUCCAUAGCAUGCAGUGACAUGCACACAACUUCUAAAACUUCUGAUGAAAAUGGCAAUAGUGCAGAGAUGAACAGUGUGAAUGGGUUGCUGUCUGUCGUGGCAGGUGGCAAGAAGGUUACCAAAGUUAUCCCUGAACUGGAGAAGAAGAUCAACCAGCUUAGAAGUAUUCCCAAAGGCCGUCCAAUCUCUGGCCGGUGGUGGAAGGCAGAGAAGCAAAGGUUCCGGUCCAUCAACAAGGAUGCCACUGGGAAGAAGUCAUGGUCCAAGAAGAUGCAGCUCAAGCAAUGGCGGGGCGACGUGAUGGCAAAGAGUGCUGUGAUAGAGGCUGAGAAACAGAAGAAGAAAGAAGACUUAAAGGAACGCCAGAGGAUCAACAAGAUACGACGAGAGGAAAAUGCCAAAAAAUCAGAAAUUGUGCAAGUGAUAAAAGACCCCAGAAAGAUCAAGAAGAUGAAGAGGAAACAACUUCGGUACCUUGAGAUGCGGGACACAACAAACCUCAAGCAAGCAUAACCAAAGACCUUGGUUGGCACCACUUCUGCGCAAGAUAAAAGUAGCAGUUAAUAAAUAUAUAAGGUUUUUCUUGUGGUAUUUA